AUGUUGAAGGAGACAAAGUCACCAAUAAGUAAUAUUCAUGAUCCUCCACUAAUCGAAACGGGAACGAAACGAAAAAGAAUUUUGAUAACACCAACACCAACAACAGAAACAAUAUCAAUACUUGAUAAACUCAUAAGUCAAUUGUCAAUAUCACAAACAGGUCCUAAGAAAACCAAAACGACACCAACAAUCGAAACGCCAUCGAUACUUGAUAAACCUUUUAGUCAAUUGUCAAUAACACAGGAAGAUGUUAAGAAAACCAAAUCAACAACAGCAACUACAACAGCAUUUGUAAAUGAUGAAAUUAGCAGUGGUAAUAAUGAGCCAACAAUGAAUUAUUUAGAAAAUUUUAAACCACGUUAUUUAAAAGUAUCUGAUCCAGUAUUUAAACGGAUGUUAGCUGAAAGUAUUGAAAAUGGUUCCAAAUUAAUUGAAUCUUUAAAUACUUCUGAAAAACUUCAUCUUGUUCGUGAAAUAACUGAAAUUACCAAUAAUUUGUAUUAUAAAGAUUUUCAAGAAAAAUUAUGGCAAGAAUAUUAUAAUAUAAGUUCUCAAGACAACAAUUGGGAAUCCAAAAUAACAAAGCACUUUCCUCGUCAAAACAAUUGCAAUGAUCAUCAAUUACUUAGGAAAUUUUAUGAAUUAAAACCUAAUGAAGAACUUAUUCAAUUAGCACAACAUUUAUGGCAAAUAACUGCUGACGAACAGAAAACAAAUGAACAACAACAAAUACUCGAACAACGUAUUUAUUUAAAACGAUUACCACCGGAAACAGAUCAAAUGAUAGGCCAAUUACUUGAUGAUAAUCGAACAACACUUUCCAAUCCUUUUCUUGAUCCAGAUCAACGUGCUAAUUUUGCAUCACGUUGUUCAAAAACAAUCAUACAAUGUAAAUUUAAUUUAAUGAUUGUAGAAUUAGAUGAAUUUGCAAUUAUUACACAUCGUUAUGGUUUAACAUUAACUAAUUUAAAAGAAAAAUUAUUAAAUCUUAAUAAACAGAAUCCACAUAUUUAUGCAAGUUUACUGUUAAAUAUUAUUGAAGAACGUCGGCAAGCAAUGAUACAACGAUUUAUUCGAAUACGUCAACAUAAAUUGAAGACUUUUUUCGACCAGGCUCC